AACAAAUCUUGAGCCAGACACCUACGCUAAUGACCCGCUCUUCCUAAUCCCACGAAAACCAGAACAAAUGAUCACCCACAUUUAUGCAUGUAAUUAAGAACAUCAAAUUUAAGUUUCCACUUUAUAAAGAAAAAUAUUUUCGAUACCAUCCAUUUUCAUAAAUAUAUUAAAAAAAUCAUUCCCCAAAAAGCUAGCAAGCUUCCACCAUGAAUACAUCCACUAGCCAGUUGUUUGGGAGGUAGGGUCGUAUGGAUUCACAAGGUCAAGUGGAAAGGAAGGUGGAAACGGUGGAUCUCCGGUCAUCGGCGGGGCAGAGCCAAGAAAAGAGGGCGGUGGAGAUAAUCCAUCAGCCGAAUGAUGACAAGAAAACAAGCGGCGCCGUCUUGACCAACGCCGCAGCCUCUGUUGUGUCCACCCUUGACUCCGCCAAGGAGGCCAUUUCUAAUUCCAAGGCAUAGUGAUGCCUACUUGCCCAUUAAUAUAUCCUAUGCUUUUCAUUUGCAUAUGUUGAUUUUCUUUAUCUUUAGCAUAUAGCCAUGAGUGAAAUGGAUGAUUGAAAUCUGACUUCUCGGAUCAAAAUAUAUUCCUCCUCAGCUUUUCUUAGCAUUUACGGAGUAUUUAUUUGAUGUAUGUAGUGAUUAUUGUUUUUGCAUGUUUCCCUAGGGCAAGUAUGAUAGGAUAUGAUACGGAACUUAGCUCAUACCGCAACUGAUAUCAUACCAAAAACUAUGAUUCAAUAUAAAUUUUACAUCGUA